AUGAAUUACACUAUAGUACCGACAGAUGAAGAAUUCCAAUUACAGGAUUCGGAAGCCCUGGUAAAAGAAAUUAUUGAUGAGAAUAAUAAAAAAUCAAAUAUUUAUAUGGCUUUUGUGAAUAUGGCGAAUAGUAUUCUAGGAGCAGGUAUCAUUACACAACCAUUGGCUGUUAAAAACGCCGGAUUAUGUGCAUCAAUCGUAAUAUACAUUAUGCUGGGGUUCAUAGUGGAUUGGACAUUACGAUUACUAAUUACAAAUAUUACCCUAUCUUCUAAACUUACAUAUGGGGAUACUGUAGAAUAUACCAUGGGGAGGAAAGGUAAAUACUUGAUACUAUGCUGCAAUGGUUUGUUUGCACUUGGAGGUUGUAUUGGGUUUUGUAUAAUCAUUGGUGACACAAUCCCACAUGUUUUACGGAUAUUUAUUCACUCUCACUUUGUGACAAGAAAUUCAGUUAUCUUUUUCUCAACUCUUUUCAUUUCAUACCCAUUGUCCCUGCUUAGAGAUAUCUCAGCAUUAUCAAGUACUUCUUUCCUGGCCUUAAUCAGUAUGACCGUCAUUGUCAUGACCGUCGUAGUGUUUGGACCGUCAUUGCCAGCAGAAUUGAAAGGAAGUGGGAUACCAUCUUCUUCGUAUGUGGCAUCACCGUCGCUGUUCAGAAGUUUAUCCAUCGUUUCAUUCGCCUUAGUUUGCCAUCAUAAUACCUCAUUUAUUUUCCAUUCUAUCCGAAAUAAAAGUCUUACAAAAUUUACAAAAUUGACCCAUCUCAGUGUUUUUAUUAGUGUAAUAUUUUGUAUGAUUAUGGGCUAUGCCGGAUUUUUCAUCUUUACUGGUAAGACAAAAGGUAAUAUUUUAAAUAAUUUUCCACCAAAUGGGGUCGCAAUAAAUAUUGCUAGAGUAUGUUUUGGGUUCAAUAUGUUAACCACUCUCCCAUUAGAACUUUUUGUGUUAAGGGAUGUUAUAGCAGUUAUUCUCUUAGAAAAUGAAUGGAUUCCUUCUAUCGAAGAAAAGCCAGGGAUGCCCAUACUUACCAGAAAAUGGCACUUCAUUGUUACCACAAUAAUUGUUUUUCUUACAAUGAGUGUAUCCUUGUUGACAUGUAAUUUAGGUGCAUUAUUCGAAUUAGUAGGUGCUACUACAGCGUCAGUAAUGGCUUAUAUCUUACCUCCCUAUGUUAACCUACUGUUGCGUCAAGAAAAGGAACCACUACCGAUCAAAUCAAAAAUACCACAUUAUUUUUGUAUUCUUUUCGGUUUUACAGUAAUGAUUGUAAGUAGUUUCCAAACAAUAGUGGAGGCCCUAGCUGAUAACGAACAAAAACAUUGUGAAAUUUAA